AUGUCGACGAUAUCCAACUCUCGCCCAAACCUGAGUACUUCUCAGGGCAAUCUUUCCAGCUUACCCCCGUCACAUAUGACCCUGGAAAAGAAGGCAUGGUUCAUGUGUAAGAUUCUUUGUAGGGAACUCAAUGGAUUCAAUUUCGCCAUGAUCAGAGAGCGUCUGACGCAAUGCAAAGGAAUAAAAACCAAAGUAAAGUUGAAUCGCAAAGGCUGGAGGAUGGGCUCCAAAUUUGAUUUAAACACAAAAAUUUCCGCGGAGUUUAUGCCUAUUGAUUGCAUUUACCAGGUUCUGCAAGAUGUCCAAUACGUCAACGUCCUCUUCAUCAUCCUCUCCAUCGACAAGACACAAACGGAAGUUGACCAGGACUACGAGAUUUGGGCUUACAAACUCAAGAACCAAAGUUCAGCAUUCCGUUUUCAAGAUAUUUUUGCCAGACUAACAGGGAUACAAGCAACAAUGCCUCGCAGCAUGUCCAGGAGUGAACUGAGCAUGGCCGGAAUGUCGAUGUACCAGGCUAAAAAUUAUCCCAUGGGACCGCUGGCCGUCGAUAGAUGGAAUGGACGACAGGGACCCCGGUCUGAAGCAUCUUACGGAUACUACGGUCGAAGCGGUGGAAGACCGAUGACAGGUACAUCUUCAUAUUCCGUUGUUCCGGCGUCCUCGAUACAGAGAAGCAACAUGCUGCGGGACGAUCACGCCUCAGAAAUGGAAUCAUUUGAUUCAGGAGGCGCUGACAAUCGAACGUACAGAGAAGUUGCUGUUUCGGCAAAUUUCGCAAAUGGAUCCAACGGCGGGAGACCAGUUCUGCGCAGUGAAACGAGCCGAGUUGGCAACAGUCAGUACAGCAGGCACGGUGGGGCCAACUCCAGCGUUUCUGAAACUUGGUGUCAAGCAGAUGACGGAGGUGUGAAUGCAAACGCGUGGUACCAACACGAGGCCCGUGCUCUCGUUACUCCAAACCACUUCAACGGCAACCCACAAAACUACACAAACAUCCACGAAACUUUUUCGUCGGUCGACGACAGUGGCUUCUACAACGGCAGUGAAAUCGCUGUGGCUCACGUCAAGGGCUCCGGCGGGCAAAACAGCGUCGAUCUCGUCGAUGGUACCGUUUCGGUUCGAAAAGUUUUCAACAAAAAGAACAAUCCGGGCACUGUUGGUGAUUCUGGAGACUCCUACCGCUACCAGCAAGAGUCUACAAAUUUAAUUGGCAGACGGACACGCUCCACUGAUUAUUUGGGCCCCGGAGGUCAAAACGUAAGUUAUGCCUACAACGGAAGGGUGACCCCAUCACAAGGAAGAUAUCUACAGGUACUUCCAGGGGGCCAGCAAAUGAUGCGCAGCGGGGGCAGCAGGUCGGAUUUCUUCAACGACGCGGCAUCAGUCACCUCGCAGGGCUCCAUGUACCUCCUUGACCCCAAGUUCAAAAAAGCUUACGUCAGAAGAGACCAUGCAGUCGUCGCUAGCGGUACAGGAGGGUUAGCGGGCUAUUGAGGGCAGUCAAUUGGACUACUUUUACCAGAUGCAUUCACCCUUUGAUCGGUUCAUCACCAAUGACGUCAUCAGUAAUUAAAUUUCAUCGUUUAUCACCCAUUAAUCAAUUCAUCUUUUCGUCACUUUUCCUUCAUACUCAUCAUCAGCAACAACAUUGAAAUUAUCAUUAACACCAUCAUCUUCUCCAUAACCCCGCCAUUCUUUUACUCAUCAUCAUUUGUAUUACAUUACCAUCUUGAUUUCAUCAUCAUCUGUUAACCUAUCAGUUUUAUGACUUCAAUCAUUUACGAUGAUACGCUUACUAAUUCAUCUUCCCAAACGAACCGUCAAUUGCAACCAAUCUACAUUUAUUAUAUACGUAUAUUUUUAUUCCACAAUUGUGACGAAUUUUAAUUUUCUGUGCUACUAUAUCUGUAAUAUGUAAAAACUAUUAAAUUCCUUAAUAAGAUAUUUUUCAGUAUAAUAAUAAUAGCAACAACUCAUGCACACACGCAUGUAUCUCAGAUAUUUAUUCGUUAUGCACAACUAACACACUCACACACACAUAUAUACAUAAUACUAUUAUAAUAUAUAUAUAUAUAUAUAUAUAUAUAUAAGAGAGAGAGAUUAUAAAAUUUGAUUGGCCGAUGAUUCUAUUUUCAACGAUUGGAUGUUAAUCAUAUUACUCCUGUAGAAUACCUAAUAAAUUUAACAAUAGUAACAACAGUUUAAAGUAACUCUGAUUAACCAAGAAGAUAUAUACAUGCAUAGCAACGAGAACUCUAUGAGCAAGCAUACUAUAAAUUCGUUUGAUUUUCUUUUGUAAAAUUUUAUAUUUUUUUCUAAUAUAUUUCCAUGUUUGAGACUUUUAGUUUCAAUUAUCAAUAAAGAUGCUGUUUAAAAAAAUAAAGACGGUUUUUCAGUCUAUUACACACAACAAACACACAGACCAUUAAAAUUAUUUAAUACACAAUAAUCCUCAGCCAAUAGGAUCAAUCCGUCCAAAAAACCCGACCAAUCAGACGUGAUCUUCUAUACUGAACUUCGCGCCCAAAAUUUCUUUCAAGGUCGUUAUCCUUAUUGUCGGCAAUUUAGGGAACAAUUCGAUUUCGAAACUCCGGUCAAUGAUAUCAUCAUCAUUAUCACUACGGCCAGCAUCAUUACCAUCACCACCGAAGAUACCAUCAUCAUCAUCUCCACGGACAUCACUACCAUGAUCGCCAGCUCUUGGUUUCACACAUUUGUACAGUAGUAACUCACGCUUCAAUUGUGGCUGGUGUGGUAGAUUCUUACUGUGUAGUAACGCAUGUACAAUCUUUUUCCUCAAAGCAGCAACAUCAUCGUUAUCAUUACUUUGGCCAUCGUUAUCAUAACCCCCGUGAGAACGAUGAUGUUGUUGUUGUUGUUGUUGGUCUUUUCUAUAAAUAAACCCGUUGACGUAGUGGACGCAUAUGACGUAGACGAGAGGAUUUCUAUUUUUAGUAACCUCACCAGCAAUCAGACGUCCGAAGUAUAACCUAAUUAAAUCUAGGUCACGCUCUAUUCUGGGGUGAAGGUCGAGUAGGAGGGUCAUCUGAAAGGGGAGUUGCUUAGGCGCAACAGCCAUGAAAUUUACAGCCCUCUCCUUGCCGAUCCACAACAACUUCCAAAAACUUAGUAAAAGAUCAUUACUAUCAUCACCACCACCACCACUACGGCUACAACCACUACCACUACUACAACCACUACUACUACUACUACUACUGUAACUACUACUACUACUAUUACUACUAGGAGUACCCCGCUUAAGCAUAA